AUGACUGUGGUCUCAGGAGAGAACGUAGACGAGACCGUGGUGUCUCUCAGCGCCCUGGGGCAAGAGGGCUAUGACCCCGAGAGGGCCACUCAGGACUGCUGCGAGAGGGUGGUCAUCAAUAUCUCAGGGCUCCGCUUUGAGACCCAGCUCAGGACUCUUGCUCAGUUCCCCCAGACCCUGUUGGGGGACCCCAGGAAGAGGAUGCGCUUCUUCGACCCCCUGCGGAAUGAGUACUUUUUUGAUCGCAAUCGCCCAUGCUUUGACGCCAUAUUAUAUUAUUACCAGUCUGGGGGCCGGCUCCGCAGACCUGUUAACGUCCCCGUGGACAUUUUCUUGGAAGAGAUCAAGUUCUACGAACUGGGUGAGGAAGUCAUUGAGAUCUUUCGAGAUGAUGAAGGGUUCAUUAAAGAGGAAGAGAAACCCUUGCCGGAAAAUGACUUUCAGAGGCAGGUUUGGCUGCUUUUUGAGUAUCCUGAAAGUUCAGGACCUGCCAGAGGCAUUGCUAUUGUCUCUGUAUUGAUAAUUCUGAUUUCCAUAGUUAUAUUUUGCCUGGAGACGCUUCCUGAGUUCAGGGAAGAGACGAAACACACAGGUGAGCACCUGAUGGCCAAUGGAACCCAGUCCGCAAAAGACAGCCCCUUCACUGACCCUUUCUUCCUUAUUGAGACUCUUUGCAUUAUUUGGUUUUCCUUUGAGCUCCUGGUCAGGUUUUUUGCCUGUCCCAGCAAGCCUGCUUUCUUCAAGAACAUGAUGAAUGUCAUUGAUAUUGUGGCCAUUAUCCCUUAUUUCAUUACCUUGGGCACAGAGCUGGCAGAACAGCAAGGUAGCAAUGGGCAACAAGCCAUGUCCUUGGCUAUACUGAGGGUAAUCCGCUUGGUGAGGGUCUUCAGGAUAUUCAAGCUAUCCAGGCAUUCCAAAGGGCUCCAAAUCCUGGGCAAAACCCUGCAAGCCAGUAUGAGGGAAUUGGGUCUUCUCAUAUUUUUCCUCUUCAUUGGAGUCAUUUUGUUCUCCAGUGCUGUCUACUUUGCAGAGACUGAUGACCCAGAUUCUCUCUUCACCAGCAUCCCGGAUGCCUUCUGGUGGGCUGUGGUCUCCAUGACCACAGUAGGCUAUGGUGACAUGUAUCCGUUGACCAUUGGCGGCAAGAUAGUAGGUUCUUUGUGUGCUAUAGCUGGCGUGCUAACCAUCGCCCUCCCAGUCCCUGUCAUUGUCUCCAAUUUUAACUACUUCUACCACAGAGAAACUGACCAUGAAGAGCAGUCCCAGUACACCCAUGUCACCUGUGGACAGCAGCCCUCUUCGUUUGGAGACCUAAAAAAGAGUGAAAGCAAACAGUCCUUUAACAAAUCAGAUUACAUGGAGUCAGAAGACCUAGAGGAUGCCAAAUUUUCUCACUUUACCACCAACCAACACUAUACUGAACAAAAAAAGUUAACUGAGGUAUGA